CAUGCUGACUAUAAGUUGAACGCACAACACUAUCUCUCUGUCCUGACCUAAUCACAAUGAAAGCUUCACAGCAAAAGGAAGGAUUAACCUAAUGGAUUCCCACCUGGACAAAUGCAAAACAACAAGGUAAUAUCCCCUUUAAAUGAAUGUCCCAUAAUCUAAUGCAUUCUAUUGUAUUGCAAUACUGAUACAAGUUUGUACACAGGUUAUGCUGCUUUUGUUUGUUUACAUGCAUGAGCACAGACACAAUUAGCUAGAUUUCAUAUAACAUAUAUCCAUACAUUAUUUUAUAUUCCAUGAAUAAAUGUAACAUAUGUCCAUACCAUAACGCUGUAUUUUACUCCACGAAAACAAGAUAUCUAUGUGUAACAUAGGUGUUAUGUUCUUUGCAGUUUAAGAAUUUUGAGGGCUUUUAUGGGGAGAUGAAAAAAAAUGAAAACCUAUGUCUACUUCUACGUAACUUUUAAAAAAGUGCAAUACAGCGGCAGCAAUUUUAAGAAGAUGGUCAGCAAGUAAAAUGGUGCACAAUGUAACACUCCUCCUCAUCUCACGGUGUUCCAGUAUUGGCCCCAUCCAGUCUCUUACCUCAAUGUGGGACAAAAUAUUGCUCAUCACAGAGUUAAAGUCAUCGCAUACGAGACAGAGAAGUUAAUGUGGGAUUUUUAUCGUAUUGUCUUUGUAUAACAUAACUGAAUUGUGAUGAAUUGAGAAAUGGGCUGCAUCAAUUAGGCUAAAAUGACUGACUGAAAAGUAGCUGAAUUUGAAAUGUAUUUAAACCCGUAUAACAGUGGCCUACAAGGUCUAUAAUAUGGUGUUUGAAACACCAUAGUUUACCGUUUAGAAAAAAAAGCCCCACUCUAAAUCAGUGUCAUCAAUUUGUCAAAAUGCUCCAACCUUGUACUCUUCUUUGCCAAAAACAGACUGGUUCACUGAGCAACGUAUUAAACAUUCUCCAUAUCGACAUAUUGAUACUAUACGGCUGGAUGAAUCUAAUUAUAUUGAUAUUCAGAUUUUUCUAAACAAUGAUUAUUUAAAAAGAAAGAUCUUUUCUGAGAAAUGAUUUUGCAAAUUCUACCUGUCUUGCACAAAACAUUCAUUUUAUUUUUUGUUUCACAGACAUAUUGGAAGCAUAUAAAAUCUUCAGUAGAGAUGGUGACAUAAUAAGGUAAGAUAAUACAUUUAAAGAAAAUCAUUAUUUUAGGAUUAUAUUAGGAUCUAUUUCAGGGAGAGGGGAGAGAGGGUAAAGCAAGGUUACUCUAACUAAGCUCCAUGUACGUAGUAACCCUAGUAGGUAUUGGUCUCUCAUUAUCAAUAGUACAUUUUCAUUCUGGUCUAUUACUAUGUUUAUUUUACUUCCUAGUUAAAUGAAGCAUUUUUAAUCAAUGCCAAUAAGUAUGGGGCAAAGUUUGAAAAGUGGAACAAUCAGCAGAAACAUUAUAUUUCUUUACUUGAUUGUUUCGGUUAUAGACACCUGUCAUCAAUAACUGUUUAUACAUAAACCCUACUGUAACAAGUAACACAUCUCUUAACCAUUGAUAUGUGUCUAUACCCUCUUAUCUCUUAUGGAAGAUAUCCAUAAAAUGCGAUGGAUUUCGUGUGUGUGGGAGAGUCAGGGUAUAAACACUGACAAUUGUUAAGUAAGAAAAAUGUAAAUAAAAAAAUAAAUAAAUAUAUAUAUAUAUAUAUAUAUAUAUACGUCCCAGGUCCCAGCACUCAAUGCUCCCGGUCUUUUAAUGCUCCGGUGCUGUCUCCAACCAAAUUGUAUACAAGUACAUUCAUGCUAGCAGGGUAAGAUGAUUGCAUUUUGUAUUUCCCAAUAAAUGGAGCUUUUUUACUCGGUAGAGGUUUGCUUCAUUUCAAUAUAUAAUAAAUUGGGUGGCUUUAAAUAAAUCAAGUUAGAGAAAGUUGAACCUGUUUUUCUAUAUACGCAUUGUAAGGAGCAAAAACGUAUUUCAUGCAUAAAUUAUUUUUUUAAACAAUCAUUUUUGAAAGAGGUAACAGAGGGUAGGUGGACAGUAAAUAUAUAAUGAAUCAUUAGGAGAAAGAGGACAUAGAUACAUUAAUAAUGAUGAAUUAGAGGAAAUGUGCAGUUGUGAAAUGGCAGACAAAGAAACCCUGUACAAAUCAGCAAUUCAGCUAAAUGGCAAAAAUAAACACGUUUAGAAUUAAGACGUGCAUUAUCAAAAAUGGUUAUUGUUUCAACCAGCAUUAGUGAUAAGGGAGCAUUAAAUUCAAGUUUUGGUUUUGUAGUUUGGGACUUAAGAGAACAUUUGUGUAUUCAUUAAGCUAAUACUUUUGUAGACAUUGUUAUAAAAAAAGGAUAUGAUAUUUUAAAUUUUACCAUUAAAUAAGAUAUUAAUACUUAAAAUUUUCAGUUUUAGCUUAUGUCUAACAAUACAUUAAAAUAUCAUUCACCAUUUUACAUAAGUGAAAACCGAAGCAGAGAUAUGAAUAUACCUGUUUUAUUUCUGUAUAAAAUAUGGUAUAACUGUGUAGAUAGAAUUCCAGCUCUAAUAUAUAAGAGUCAUUAACCAAAUUCUUAGCAAGAUUAACUCAGCCUUUAAUGCUUCUUAAUUACAUGAAAUAAACACCAUUAAGUUGGGUAAUAAUAACAUUUGAGACCACAGGAUCUACUAGCAAAAUGCCUAAUGUACCUUUCUUAGUUAAAUACUUUGAUAUUAUAUAACAUGUGCAGAACAUUCAAAAGCACAUUGACUCGUGCUUAAAACUGUAAUAGCUUGGGUAAAUACAAUCUAAUUAUGAUUAAUAUAUUUUGUGUGCUUUGCAGUGUUGAGAUGGUUGACUAAAGAUGGGAGACUGGAAUUUCCUUGGGGUCAUCCUGGAGGAAGUCCACAUUCACUCCACCAUUGUUGGAAAAAUCUGGCUUACAAUUCUGUUUAUAUUUCGUAUGCUUGUCUUGGGUGUUGCAGCUGAAGAGGUUUGGAAUGAUGAACAAUCUCAGUUUGUAUGCAACACGGACCAGCCUGGCUGUAAAAAUGUUUGCUAUGAUCAGGCAUUUCCUAUAUCCCUGAUUAGAUACUGGGUUCUGCAGGUCAUCUUUGUGUCCUCUCCAUCUCUGGUUUACAUGGGCCAUGCCAUUUACAGGUUAAGAGCACUAGAAAAAGAAAGGCACAAAAAGAGAGUUCAGCUGAGAGGGGAGCUUGAAGGGGUAGAGUAUGAGUUGACUGAAGAUCGUAGACGGCUAGAACGUGAGCUCAGGCAACUGGAGCAAAAAAAACUCAAGAAAGCUCCAUUACGUGGCUCACUUCUCUGUACAUAUGUGAUACAUAUAUUUACCAGAUCUGCAGUUGAAAUUGGAUUCAUGGUUGGACAGCAUGUGCUUUAUGGAACUCAAUUAAAUUCUGUUUACAAGUGCCAAAGAGACCCUUGUCCUAAUGUGGUUGACUGUUUUGUGUCUAGACCUACUGAGAAGACAGUAUUUAUGCUAUUUAUGCAAUGCAUAGCAGCUGUUUCUCUUUUUCUCAACAUUUUAGAAAUUGGGCACCUAGGAGUGAAAAAAGUAAAAAAGGUAUUUUUGUUGCGAUAUAAAAUCAAGGAUGAAUUUGAUGAUUUUUAUGUCACGAAGACAAAGCAAAGCACAGUCACUCAUACAUGCAUAGGUAUAUCCUCCAGUCCACAAAAGACCCUACCUUCCGCACCCAGUAAUUAUACUCUAUUAAUGGAAAAACAAAAUGAUCCAGCAGUUUACCCAAUUUUAAAUCCUCCAUGUGGUUUCCAUCCAAUUGAAGAUGCACUCACUGAGAACAGUAAUAAUUAUAUUCAUGAUGAGCAAGAAACAAAAUCUGUCAAUGAGGUGAAUGCUGCCAACAUAGCAGAGAGCCACUUCCAUAACACUAGUUCUAACAAUAAUGAAAAGAUCAGUAAAACAUUCGGUCUUGAUUCUAAGCCUGCACAGAGACACAUGCAAAGAAAAAGUGGUUGCAUAAGGAGUACUCAUGCAAGUGCAGAAAGUACUCCUGGUUUAUAUAUGGGAACAAUGGCUGAAAUGCCAUCUGAGGACACUGUGGAUUGUUCUUUUCACAAUAUUUCUUGUACAAAAACUGCUAGUGCAGUCCGUAAAGCCAGGAGAGUCAGUGCUCCAUGGAAUUGCUCAAAAGUGGUGGAGAGAGGUGGAUAUGUUCAAGAUUCUCCAAACACAAACGGAGGACGGUGCAGCUUCAGUGCCAGUAGAUCAUGGGCGCUCUCCAAGUCUGAACUUCAGCGAGCUAGCAGGCCUGUUACUCCAGAGGAUGUCGAAGAGCCAAGCUCAGAAUACAAGCAGAAUAAGGCAUAUGAAAGUCCUGUGACCUUCUCUCCAUCUCGGCGGAUGUCACUGGCAAGUAACGCCAGCAGCCGGCGUGUUCCCACUGAUCUACAGAUCUAACAGUUAGUUACCUUACAUGAGUGUUACACUGAAUUCCAGGCAAACUCAAUAUUGAUAAAUAUAAUCAGUUAUGGAAGUUAUCUUGUG